AUGAUCACUCCCGUUCCUGCCGUCUCCGAAAAGCCCACCAUGAACACAGUCACCCCCAUCGUCGAGACCGACGGUCCCCUCUUCCCCGCCACUCUCAUCUCCCCCGAGGUGAUCGCUGCCCUGCCAGACGACUACACCAUCCGGCCACUGCGCCGCUCAGACUACAGCCGCGGCUACCUCGAUGUGCUGCGUGUCCUCACAACUGUGGGCGAGAUCAGCGAGGAGAUGUGGAACAAGCGCUACGAGUGGAUCACCUCCCGCAACGACGAGUACUACAUGCUUGUUGUGUGUGAUGGCGAAGACCGUAUCGUCGGUACUGGCAGUUUGAUCGUCGAGCGCAAGUUCAUUCACUCGCUCGGCAUGGUGGGACACAUCGAGGAUAUUGCCGUUGAGAAGAACCAGCAAGGCAAGAAGCUUGGCUUGAGAAUUAUCCAGGCUUUGGAUCACGUUGCUGCCCAGGUUGGCUGCUACAAGAGUAUUCUUGAUUGCUCUGAAGUCAACGAGGGAUUCUACGUCAAGUGUGGCUUCAAGCGUGCUGGUCUCGAAAUGGCUCACUACUACUGA